AUGUUAGCAGAGUAUACAACUGGGAAUGGUGUUUUUACAUAUCGCCACAGCUACGAUUCGGUCAGCUGGAGAUAUCUCCUCGAAGAUGUUACAAACAUCGCCAACAACUACUUAGUCAACGAACAUGUGCGAGAGCCCAACAUUGCUACCAUUCUAGCGGGUCGCGACUUUCACAAGUAUCGCGACACGGGGACUUGCUAUCAGAUGUGGCCUACCAAAUUCGAGGUUCACUCUUAUGUUCCUGGCUUUGUCAUUCACGGCAAUGGCGUCUUUCACUACAACUUUGUGCAAACAGAAUUUCGGAUGUUUUGGACUACAAAGAAGUGGGAGGUCAUCGGCGCGCCGAACGAAGUAGUACCUGCCUUCGAUCAUAUUCCAUCUUCAACGGAAAUGGUUGAAUUAUUCAUCCAAGGAAUUCACGCGGCUGGUCUUUCUCCGCUCGUUAGAUUUCUAGCGCACGGGCUUGGCGAUACAGAGAAUAGGAAACUAACAGUGGAAGAUUAUAUGGCCGACUAUGUAGGAACCCUACGCCCUGACUCGAAAUACUCUUAG